CCGCGAAGGGGGCGGGGGUAGUUAAAGAGCCGCCCGGCGCCACGGCCGCGGGCCGCUUUGAGCUGGGGCGAGCGGCAGCGGGCGCCCGGCAACCGCCCGCCAACGGCCCCAACGGCCGCGCUGAGCGCCCGCGGCUCGGGGGGUACCGGGGGGCACAGCUCAUUGGUAUGGGUGAUACAAAAGAAGCUAAAAUGCAGAUCACACCAGAAACUCCAGGACGAGCUGCGGUCUUGAAUCCUUUUGAAAGUCCAAGCGAUUAUUAUACUCUUCAGGAGCAGAUUGUCUCCAGUCCUUCAGUAUUUAAGUCAACAAAAUCUUCGUCUACACCAGGAAAAUUUAGAUGGUCUAUCGAUCAGCUUGCUCUAAUAAAUCCUGUGGAAAUUGACUCGGAAGAUGUUCGACGCCAAGCAAUGUAUUUGAGUCAUGCUAGAAUUGAUAAGGAGACAGAAGACAGAAGGCAAAGAGCCAUUGAGGAGUUUUUCACAAAAAGACUCAUAGUUCCUUCUCCUUGGACUGAACAUGAAGGCAAACAAGUUUCUCAGCUUAAUUCAACUAAAUCCAUAGAUCUAAAUAACAUUUCUCCAAUUGGAAGACAGCUACCUUUGCAGCCUGGGAAAAGCAAUGCUGCUUGUCAGACAGUACUGUCUUUGCCAGUGGAUUUUAAUUUAGAGAAAAUACUAGGUGAAUAUUUUAGAACUGAUGAAUUUGCAGAUCAGUCUCAGGAAAAUCUGAGCUCUUCAUCACUCAGAAGAAAGCUGUUUUUAGAAGAAAAUGGAAGUGUAUCUGAGUGUUUGUCCCCUCCUCUGCAUAAUCCAUGCAGUAGUCAGCCACUUGGAGUGCUUUGUUCAAUAGAUAUAUCUCCAGUCCGGUGCAGAAGCCCCCUGGAAACAUCUAGCUCAGGUCAGUUUUCAUCCAGUCCUAUUCAGGGAGGAACAAGGGCGUACAGUCUGGGAAGCAUAACCAGCCCCACGUUUCCAGAGGGGUCUCCUGCCCAUGCAGGUUCUCCUGCUUUUUCACCAAUUGCCUUUCAUAUAAGACAUACACCACUGUCAGACCAAAGAAAACUUACAUUUUGUUCUCCAGAUAUUCCUUCUACAUCCAAUAGAAUGACACCCCCAAGUACAAGAAGUCCUUACAUCGAUGGUUGUUCUCCAAUUAAAAAUUGUUCUCCUAUGAGUCUUGGAGGAUGCAGAGGAACUGCUCAGUAUCAGACUUCUAUCAUUAGAAUACCAUUUGCAGUUGAAAAUCAUGAUGAGGAUGAGGACAAAGAAAAUGCUGCUCCUGCAGAAGUUCGGUUCCCAGAAAUGGAUAACGGGAUAAACUUGUGUCAGCAAGAUGAUGCUUUCACACAUGGAACACGUCUCGUUGUAACAACUGUGUCUAUUGCACCAGAUCACUCGGAAGCUUGUCAUCAAAGGUUGUCAUCGUUUCAGGAUACAGAAGGCUCAAAGGAGAAUAAUACUGUAGAUAUGGCUGAUGCAGCUGAAGUAUCAGAGGAGAACACUUGGAUAAAAGAAACAAUUGGUAACAGCAAUGCACCCAUGACCAGCUUUAUGACAGGGAUCACUUUCAGUAUUGAAAACUCCCGCAUGUGCAUGUCACCUCUUGCAGAAAGCAGUGCCAAUCCUUGUGACAACAGCAGCAUUCAGGUGGACAGUGGUUAUAACACACAGACAUGUGGAAGCAGCAUUAUGGAUACUGUGGGGGCUGAAAACAGUUGCAGAGAAAAUGAUGUGAAUACUAACAUAUUUCAGAAUAAAUCUCAGCUUCCUAAAACAAAGGAAUGUUUUUUAAGCCAUAAGGACAGUCAGUUGCUGAGAGCAAAAUCUCCAGAGAAGCAAUCCUGUUUCCAUAAAGCGAAAACACAUAGCACGGUAUUUGGUCAAAAUGCAAGUUGCAACAUUUCUACCUGGAAACAUAAAAAUGAAAAUCAAUUUCAGGGAUUUCACAAAAGUGCAACGAUAUCCAGUCCCAGGAUGCUGGAUGCAAAUUCUGCUUCCUAUUCUGUUCAACAAUCCACAGAAAGGCCGACAUCACAGUGACAGAUGCAUAGCCAUCAGCAUACUAAGCUUGAAACAGUUGGUCCAGCCUGAAUUUGAGGGAAACUGACGUUUUUAAAAAUUUCAGAAGUGGAAGUAUGAACAGCAUUGCAUAGCAUUAAAAAGCAAUGUGUUAAAACUGGGACUUCUGUGCAGGCUCUGUAUGAAUGGAACAGUUCUUGAAAAAAUGUCAUCGGUAACUUAACACUGAAGGCUUUCUGAAAAAUAUCCUUAAAGAAAAAGGGAAACUUCUGUGCUAUCAAUAAAAUGUGGUUUUAGUCUUCACAUUUCAAAAAAUGAAAAUUAAAUAAAAAUCACCUUAGGUUUCUCACCAGCAAACAUGACGUAUGUUAUUCUUACUUCAGUAACAGUUUUAUCAGUAUUUCUGUAAUGUUCAUCUGAUGAUAAUUGAACCCUGAACCCAAUGUCCUGAGAGAUCUAUUUGAUAAACUUGAAUUAGUGCCCUGCUAAAAGGUGGAAAUAUUUGACAGGAAUUGAUAAAUCCUAGAGGAUCACUUUUUUAAAAAAGUGAAGAAUUAAUUUAGAUUUCUGGAGAAUUAGUACAUUUAAUUGGGCAUUCAAAAUGUUCUCAGCCUUAGCUGAUAAGAUUUGUAGCUCAAAGGCAAAACAGCUUAUUGUCAAAUUUAAUCGUAUUUAUUACUUUGUCUUUUGUUCCUCAUUAUUUUCUUUAACAAUCAGUUGAAUGGGUUACCUUUAGGUUACCUUUAGAUUUCUGGAAUGUGCAAAGGAACAAAUAACAGUAUACAGCAGUGUAGAGAGGGGGAAGAUGAAAAGCAUUGUACUCUAAAUUAUGAUCCAUUUCUGAACUGCUCUGUAUGAUAGGUAUGGUUACAAUGUGGUUGUACUUUUUUAAUGAAAAAUGUGAUUCUUCAUAGUGAUCUGUUCUGUGAUCAGAGGCUUUUAAAGUAGCAGGUU